CUCGUCUAUCCCUUUUCUAGGCAACUUUUUCCCCACUUCUAGUUGCAGCAAAACAACAAGAACCCACAUAAAUAUCUCCCAUUCUCUCUUUCUUGGUGGUAACGGUGCCGUGGCUGGUUCUCCGGACGCCUCACAUUAACUCGCAGAUGGUCCAAAAGACUCCGGCCGAGCCGCAGCCCCACCACCAGGCACGUCUCUUUUCCGCACCUUAUCUCUGUUCACCGUCUCCUUCUUUUCUGGAUUAUAACACUUCAUUUUGCAUUCGAAUUCGUGUCCUUUUGCCGUUUUCUUUCACUGUUUUCAAUCUGUAAUGGCGAUCGAAUCUGAAUCGCAGAAAAAGAACACAUUUUGUGUAAUGGGAGAUAUUUGUGGAGCGCUUAUGGCGCCCAAAGAGGAGCUGCGACUCCAGCUUCAGCUGAAUAAUCCUCUUUCCAAUGGGAAGUCCUCUCCUUUCGAUCUGGUCGUUCGUGUUCCCGAUGUCGGACGAGCAAUUCAGGAUUUGAUGAGGACUAGAGAAGUUGGUGAGUUCCUUAGUGGGGCUUUGGCCGGGGCUAUGACCAAAGCCAUUCUUGCCCCUCUUGAAACUAUCAGGACAAGAAUGGUGGUUGGUGUCGGGUCUAAAAACAUAUAUGGAAGUUUCGUUCAGAUCAUCGAACAACAAGGUUGGCAAGGACUCUGGGCUGGUAAUGCAAUAAACAUGCUGAGGAUAGUUCCCACACAGGCGAUUGAGCUCGGAACAUUUGAAUAUGUGAAGCGAGCAAUGACUUCAGCCCAAGAGAAAUGGAAAUCAACUGAAAACCCGAGACUUAACAUUGGAAAUCUCAGUCUAAGUUUUUCCCUGUCCUGGUUGUCUCCAGUUGCCGUGGCUGGUGCGGCUGCUGGAAUUGUCAGCACUCUCGCCUGUCAUCCUCUCGAAGUUUUAAAGGACAGAUUGACAGUCAGUCCCGACAUAUAUCCGAAUCUAAGCAUCGCAAUACGCAACAUGUGCAAGGAUGGUGGUAUUGGCGCCUUCUAUUCCGGGAUCUCCCCAACUCUAAUUGGCAUGCUUCCAUACAGCACAUGUUACUACUUCAUGUACGAAACAAUGAAGAAAUCAUACUGCACGGCCAAGAAAAAGGAAUCUUUAAGUCGUGUAGAGAUGCUCUUGAUUGGUGCCCUUUCCGGGUUGACAGCUAGCACAAUCAGUUACCCUCUUGAGGUAGCUAGGAAAAGGCUGAUGGUGGGGGCUCUCCAAGGGAAGUGCCCGCCCCACAUGGCGGCAGCUCUCUCAGAAGUAUUCAGAAAGGAGGGCCCGACGGGCCUUUACAGGGGCUGGGCCGCUAGUUGCCUCAAGGUCAUGCCUUCAUCCGGCAUCACAUGGAUGUUUUACGAAGCUUGGAAGGACAUAUUGCUUGCCGAAAAACGACCUGCUUCGAAGCUUUCUUGAGGGCUAAGACAGGUCCCGGUAAAAUCUUUUACUUGCUCCGGCCUCUGGGCCUUGGUCGGGCCCGCGCAGAAGCAACAGAAAUUGAGAUCAAAUUUUGGGGCUUGGUGGGUCCCGCAUUUUUUUUUUCUUUUUUUUUUUU